AUGGACACUGCCGCCAUUAGGGGCUUGCUCGCUACGAGUCUGCUUCCCGAUGCGGACAACAGACGUCGUGCUGAGCUUCAACUCAAGCAGGUCGAAGAAGAGGUUGGCUUCCUCGUCUGCCUGCUCGACAUUCUCGAGGCUGAACAAGACGCCAGUGUUCGCCUGGCCACAAUCAUCUACCUCAAGAACCGCGUCAAUCGAUCAUGGUACACCACCGACCCCGUCGCCACGGGUAAAUUGAUACCCGAUGAGGAAAAGAAUCGCAUUCGAGACCGCCUUGUCCCUCUGCUCGCCACCUCUGACCCUCUCGUCCGCCAGCAGCUCAUCCCAGUCAUCCAGCGCGUUCUUCAGGCCGAUUUCCCUAGUCGAUGGCCCAAUUUUAUGGGCUUCACCUCGGAGUUGCUCAACACCAACAGCCCUUCCUCCGUCCUCGCCGGCCUGCAAUGCCUGCUUGCCAUUUGCCGUGCGUUCCGCUUCAAAGCCAGCAACAGCGAUGAUAGGCAACACUUUGACAGUAUCGUCGAGGCCAGCUUCCCCCGCCUGCUGGCCAUUUGUAACGAGCUAGUCAACCAAGAGAGCGACCAGGCUGGUGAAAUGCUUCACCUGGCUCUGAAGACCUACAAGCACGCGACAUGGCUCGAACUCUCCCCCGCGCUUCGCGUCCCCGAAACCAAUAUUGCCUGGUGCACCGUCUUCCUUCAGACCGUUGCCAAGGCUGCCCCUGCCAGCGCUAUGCAAGACGACCCGACCGAACGCGAACUGCAUCACUGGUGGAAGGCCAAGAAAUGGGCCUACUUCAACCUCAACCGCCUCUUCAUCAGACACGGCAACCCCACCGUCCCCGGCAAGGAACCCGAAGCCCUCGCUUUUGCCAAGAACUUCAUCGCCAAUAUUGCUCCCGAAAUUCUCAAGCAUUACCUCCACGAGAUUGAAAAAUGGGUGGCCAAGACCUCCUGGCUCAGUCGGCCCUGUCUCUCCUACACCCUCAUCUUCCUCGACGAGGCUGUUACCCCCAAGGAGAUGUGGCCGCACCUAAAGCCGCAUCUGACCAACCUCGUCACCCAUUUCGUCUUCCCUGUCCUCUGCCUGACCGAGGAUGAUCUGGAAAAGUUCGAGGAUGAGCCCGAAGAGUACCUCCACCGCAAACUCACCUAUUUCGAGGAGGCCUCUGCCCCCGACGUGGCCGCUACUAACUUCCUCGUGAACCUCACCAAGCAGCGCCGUAAAGAGACAUUCGAGAUCCUCAAGUUCGUCAAUGCCGUCGUCAACGAGUACGAAGAGGCUGCCCCGGAAGCCAAGAACCACGUCGCCAAGGAGGGUGCUCUGCGCAUGAUUGGUACUCUCGCGCCCGUCAUCCUGGGCAAAAAGAGCCCCAUCGCCGACCAAAUUGAAUACUUUCUCGUUCGAUACGUCUUCCCCGACUUCAAGAGUCCUCAGGGGUACCUGCGUGCCCGUGCUUGCGACACCAUUGAAAAGUUUGAGCAGCUUGACUUCCAGGACCAGAACAACCUGCUCACUAUUUACCGCCACAUCCUCGAUGGCAUGGCUGAUGAAGCUCUCCCUGUCCGCAUUACCGCUGCUCUUGCCCUGCAGCCUCUUAUCCGCCAUGACGUUAUUCGCCAGCACAUGAAGCAGAGCAUUCCCACCAUCAUGCAACAGCUGCUGAAGCUUGCAAAUGAGGCCGAUAUCGAUGCUCUCGCUAAUGUUAUGGAGGACUUUGUCGAGGUCUUUGCCACCGAACUCACUCCCUUUGCCGUAGCCCUGUGUGAACAGCUCAGAGACACAUAUUUACGAAUUGUUCGCGAGCUGCUCGAGAAGGAGAGUAAGGCUGGCGACGAUGAUGAAUUAUACAUUGCGUACGAUGACAAGAGCAUCACUGCCCUUGGUGUCCUGCAGACCAUCGGAACCCUGGUCCUGACUCUUGAGAGCACUCCUGAUGUGCUCCUCCACAUUGAGGCUGUCCUUAUGCCUGUCAUCAAGGUUACCCUCGAGAAUAAACUCUACGACUUGUACAACGAGGCAUUCGAGAUCAUCGACAGCUGCACGUUUACCGCCAAGGCCAUCUCCCCAAACAUGUGGCAGGCUUUUGAGCUUAUUCACACAACGUUCAAGUCUGGCGCUGAAUUCUAUCUUGAGGAUAUGCUGCCUGCUCUUGACAACUUUGUUCAAUAUGGUGCUCCUCAACUGGCGACGAAACCCGAAUACGUCCGAGCUCUCUACGAGAUGGUUUCGGACAUGUUCUCCGAUCCUCGCCAGGGUGGUGUCGAGAGAAUAUGCGCCUGCAAACUGGCAGAGGCUCUCAUGCUUAGUCUUCGUGGAAGCAUUGACCAGUACAUGGAGGGCUUCAUCUCCAUGGCUAUGAAUGUCCUGUCCGCUCAGCCCGACGUUAAACCUAGGACCUACAAGAUUUACCUUGUUGAGAUGGUCAUCAACUCUAUCCACUAUAACCCGCUGCUGAGUCUUCAAAUUCUCGAGGCCAAAGGAUGGACGAAUCGCUUCUUCAGCCUCUGGUUCGGCAGCAUGUCUUCGUUCAGCCGUGUCCACGACAAGAAGCUGUGCAUUGUCGCCAUCUCGGCUCUUCUCAAUCUCAACCAUGAGCAGGUUCCUCAGAGCGUCUCUGUUGGCUGGCCUCGUCUACUCCAAGGCAUAACUGAGCUUUUCCGCACCCUGCCUGCCGCCCUCAAGAACCGCGAGGACGCCCUUCGUGAUGAUCCCUAUUUCUCCAGCAACUAUACCUAUGAAGACGACGACGACGAGUGGGACGAGGAUGAGUCCAAGUGGGAGGGAGAAGAAGAGGAGCCUGCUGUCGAGGAAGAGGUCACUGAAGCCAAGGAGGAGAGCAAUGCCUAUCUCGAAUUUCUGCACGGCGAGGCCCAGAAGUUCAGUCGCGCCAUCGACGACGACGAGGAUGAGGAUGGCCUCAGAGAAGAUAGCGUCCUUCUCGAGUCGCCACUUGACAAGGUUGAGCCUUACCAGCUCUUCAGUGGAACUCUUCUUAAAAUGCAACAAGAGCAGCCUCAGUUUUAUAGUAGCUUGGCUGGUGCCCUUUCACCUGAUGAGCAAAAUGUGCUGCAGAGCAUCAUUGCCAAGGCCGAGGGAAUUGCCGCACAUCAGGCACAGCAACCUGGCGCCACUGUGGGCUAG